CCUGUCUCCCUCUGCUCUUCUCCGAAGCCCUUGUCUCUCUCCUCCUCACCCAAGCCUCUCUCUCUGUCUUCGUCCCCCAAACCACCCACCCUUUCACCCUCACACAAACCCAAAUCUCGGACAGGCUCCCCCCAAACCCCUGUCUGACAGUAUGAAGUUGGGAAGCAGAAACUUCCUGGAUGAAACCUUGUUACACAUCAACAACUUUAAAUUGAAACAGCCCUUCGUCUCUCAGGAGCACUUCAAACAGGCCUUCCCUCUGCCAGUGAUGCAUCAGGAUCUGUUCAAGAGCCUGAAGAAAAAGAAAAUGGCCGCCUCGUCGUCCUCAUUAGCACCGCCCUCCUCAUUAGCACCGCCCAAACUGUCUCCAGAGACCCCGAGCAGUCACAGGCUCCCUUCUCCACACACCAACCACUCCAACCUGUUCCUGGCCUCCUCCCUCCUGGGCACCCACCCCAAAGGGGUGAUUCACAGCAUUGUGCAGGAUGCCCCCCUGGCCCUCAUCACCAAGCCUCGCAGCAGCAGUCAGAACAGGAGCACCAUCAACAAUUCUCUCCUGGCUGCCACCAGCCCACCCUUCUCUAUGCCUGUCAACCUGAGCACUGGGCAUAAAGAGCACAGCUCUGGAGCUCUAGGCUGGGCCUCUACCUCACCGGGCCUGGCCCACAGAGCUGGGAAGAGCAAGGCCCAGCAAAAGGCUCUCCACACAGGGAAGGGCAUCUCCCAGUCCCAGACCCACCUGGUGCAGUCCCAGGUGGAGCUGUUCCGGGGCACAGAGUCUGACAUCCCCAGCAGCAAGGACUCCGACGACUCCGUAGAGGAUGAGGAUGAUGAACAUGAUGACGACGACGACGAGGAUGAUUCUGAUGACAGCCUAUCAGAGUCUGAGAGUAAUCUGGAGAGCGACUCGGACGACGUGAAGGACCGCGACGAGACCACCACGGACACGGAGGCAGAUAGAACCCCUCUGAAGCGUGCCAAAGGCUCCUCUUCUCUACUCGACACCACCUCCUCCAGCCUCUCAGCCAGCUGCUCCCCUCUCAACCUCCAGGUCAUCAAGGCAUCCGGUGGCCUGCCCACUCCAGCCAUGGUGACCAGCUCUGGGGCCUUGGCCUACCACAGCACCCCCUCUUCCUCAUAUACUCUCUGCUCCACUCCACCAGGAACAGGGAAGAGAAGGAGAGUGACAGAUGAGAGAAAGCUGCGGACACCUCUAGAGUUUGGGUGGCAGAGAGAGACUCGUAUCUGUAAUGUGGCAGGCCGUCUGCAGGGAGACGUGGCGUAUUACGCCCCGUGUGGGAAGAAACUCCGGCAGUACCCCGACGUGAUGAAGUAUGUGUCCAGAAAUGGAAUAAGUGACAUCACACGCGAUCAUUUUAGCUUCAGUGCAAAAAUAAGGGUUGGUGACUUCUAUGAAGCCAGAGAAGGACCGCAGGGAUUGCAGUGGAGCUUGUUGACCGAAGAUGAGGUGAUUCCUCGUAUCCUGGCCAUGGAGGGGAGGCGUGGGCAUCCCCCUAAGUCUGAGCACCAGAGGAGAGGUGACGAGGGCCCCCGGUCCAGGCGCAGUAAGGGUCGACUUCCUAACGUUGGCGAGGCCGACUUCCCAGGCGCCACUGACGCCAAACUUCUACGCAAACUGGAAGCUCAAGAGAUAGCUCGACAAGCAGCCCAGAUUAAAAUGAUGAGGAAACUUGAAAAGCAGGCCAUGGCACUAGCAGCCAAGGAGGCUAGGAAACAACAAGCAAUCAUGGCUGCUGAGGAGAAGCGGAAACAGAAGGAGCAAGUGAAGAUUUUAAAGCAGCAGGAGAAGAUCAAGCGCAUUCAGCAAAUUCAAAUGGAGAAGGAUCUCAGAGCACAGCAGAUUCUCGAGACUAAAAGGAAAAGGAAGGAAGAAGCGGCAAAUGCCAAAAUAAUGGAGGCUGAAAAACGAAUCAAGGAGAAGGAGAUGAGGAGGCAACAAGCAGUCAUUUUGAAACACCAGGAGUUGGAGAGGCAUAGACUAGAUAUGGUAUGGGAGAGAGAGAGGCGGAGGCAGCACAUGAUGCUGACGAAGGCCAUGGACGCCCGUAAGAAAGCAGAGGAGCGGGAGCGCUUAAAGCAGGAGAAGAAGGAUGAGAAACGGUUAAACAAGGAGAGGAAAUUGGAGCUUAGAAGACUGGAACUGGAAAUUGCCAAGGAGCUGAAGAAGCCAAAUGAAGACAUGUGCUUAGCAGAUCACAAGUCUCUCCCAGAAUUAUCCCGUAUUCCCGGCCUGGUUCUACCAGGAAGCAGCUUCUCUGACUGCCUGAUGGUGAUGCAGUUCCUGCGGAGCUUUGGGAAGGUGCUGGGCUUCGACGGGGACGCCCACAUACCCAACCUGAGCGUGCUGCAGGAGGGCCUGCUCAACCUGGGAGACAGCAUGGGACAGGUCCAGGACCUGCUGGUGCGCAUGCUCUCUGCUGUGGUGUGUGACCCCGGACUGCCCCCAGGACACCGGACCAAGACGGCCCUGGGGGACCACCUGAAUAAUGUGGGCAUCAACCGGGAUAACGUGUCGGAGGUGCUGCGGGUCUACAUGGAGGCUCACUGUGGGGGGAAGGAUCUGCAGACUGACCUGGGGGAGGUCACGGCCAGUCUGAAGACCAAGGCUUUCCAGGCCCACACAGCCACACAGAAGGCCUCGGUCCUGGCCUUCCUGGUCAACGAGCUGUCCUGCAGUAAGAGUGUGGUCAGCGAGAUCGACAAGAACAUCGAUCACAUGACCAACCUGCGACGGGACAAGUGGGUCAUCGAGGGCACGCUUCGCAAGCUGAGGACCAGCCACUCCAAGAAGACUGGGAAGAGGGACAGCGGUGUGGGGGGAGAGGAGACCCAGUCCCUGGGUACACCCACCCCCGGACAGAAACGCAAGAGGAAAGGAGGGGACAGCGAGGAGGACGAGGAUGAGGACGAGGACAGCGAGGAUCAGGGGGAUGAAGACGACGAUGACGAGGAGGAGGAGGAGGAGGAGAGAGGGAAGAAAGGGAAGAAAGUGGAAACCUGUGAGGAUGAGGAUGAUGGGGACCAGACAUCCAGUGUAGAGGAGCUGGAGAAACAUAUCGACAAAUUAACCAAGCAACAGAGUCAGAUCAGACGGAAGUUGUUUGAGUCGUCCCACUCGUUGCGCUCCAUGAUGUUCGGCCAGGACCGCUACAAGCGCCGUUAUUGGGUACUGCCACAGUGUGGGGGCGUCUUUGUGGAGGGUAUGGAGAGUGGCGAAGGAGCAGAGGAGCUGGAAAAGGAGAGAGAGAGACUGAGGCGCACAGAGCUGGUCCAGGUGAAGGAGGAGGUGGAAAGGAGGCCGCAGGAGGUGGAGGGGAGGCUAGGGGCGUCCACCUUGGAGGGUAGCCGUGACAAGCACACCGCCACACCAGACAAGCACACCCUCAACCUCUUCCUCCAGAAGCCCGGCUCCUUCUCCAAACUCAGCAAACUCCUGGAGGUGGCAAAGAUGUCCCCGGACUCAGACAACCACCCUCACAGUCUGAGCUGUAGUCUAGCCAAAGUCCCCACCACAGUAUCUUCCCCUAUCCGCCCUACCAUUCAGACUACACUACCCAGCAACCCCUCUGCAUCUCCCGCUCCGCUGUGUCCAGAGGUGAAAGCGGAGCCUUCCACAGCCCUACUCAGCCCGUCCUACCUCAGCAGCGGCCAAGGGAAGAUGUCCUUCAGCCCCCAGCAGCUCCAGCCCAAUGACCAGCUCUUCAGGGUGCUGACAGAGAAGAACUGCCACUGGUUCAGCCUGCUGCCCCGCUCCCCGUGUGACGAGUCGUCCGUCAGCACCAGCUCCACCACCACCCCCCCAGCCUCCUCCCCCUAUUCCUCCUCAACCACCAGGCCCAAGUCCCCAUCCUCCCUGUCUUCUAAUCCCCUAGCCUCCACAUCAGCCAGCCCCAGCAAUCUCACCACUGGGAUCAAUAACUUCCCCUUUUCAGCUCUCCAGCAGGUGAAGUCUGGCGUCCAUAUGAUAGGUCUGCCAUUCUGUGGAUGGCCCGGUGGCAUGAUGAUCCCCACCCUGCCCUUCUCUGCCAGUCCACUGCCCCCCUCCAUGCUGGCCGCUGCCUACCACCAUGUGGAGGGUAACAGCAACCCCUUCCUGGCAGUGCCCCCUGGAGAGAAGCCCCCCUCUACCCUGUCCCCUGUGGUGGAGGUGGCCAAGACCCAGGACUACCCCGACCCACUGCCCAUUCCAGAGGAGAUGCUGUCAGGCUGGUGGAGAGUGGCAGACAUGGAGGAGUUGAGGAGCUUGGUCAAGGGCUUGCACAGCAGAGGUAUCAGAGAGAGGGCCCUGCAGAAACAGAUCCAGAAACACAUGGAGUUCAUUGCACAGGCAUGUGCCAAAAACAGGGAUGCGGCGGUGAUAGACGAGUCCAAGCUGGACGAGAACGGGGUGAGCGAGGAGACAGUGGAGAGCUGGUGUGUGGAGGAGCAGGCCAUGGAGAUGGACAUCGCUGUUCUGCAACAGGUGGAGGAGCUGGAGAGGAAGGUCACUUCGGCCAGCCUGCAGGUUAAGGGUUGGAUGUAUCCGGAGCCCCAGUCAGAGAGAGAGGACCUGGUCUACCAUGAACACAAGCCCUUCACUAAGCUGCUUCUAGCAGGAGAGGAGCAGCUUGCAGGGGAGGAGGCGGCCAACGGCGGCUGCAGCCUGGUGCGGCGCGUCAACAACCCCCUAGAUAUAGCUGUAACACGGCUAGCUGAGCUGGAGAGGAACAUCGAGCGAAGGGGUGAAGAGGAACUGGCCCCGGGCAUGAAGGUAUGGCGCAAGGCCAUGGGCGAGAUCUGCAGCGCCGCCCAACUGUCUCUCUGCAUCCAGCAGCUCCAGAAGUCCAUUGCCUGGGAGAGAUCCAUCAUGAAAGUGGCAAGCGGUCAAUCCCCCAAGAAUAAGAAGAAGCAGCAGCAGCAGCAGAACCGAGUGGUGGCAGCCGGGCGAGGAGGGAAGAAAACCACCGAGGUAAAACAGAACAGGAAACCGUCGUCUGUAGCCAGCGGAGAGGUCUCUGAGGACGAUGCUGCCAGCACCAGCAGCACGCCAAGAAAAGUGAGUAAAGAGCCCAAAAAGAGGAAGAGCCCAGGAGAGGGGAGCCCAGCCACCAACCAGUCCAUGCAGGACAGUACUCCCGUCUGUGUGAAGAAGGCGAAGAUGGCCACAUCAGCCAGAGACAAUGAAAAGGAUCUGACAUUGUGCAGGGUGCUACUGGUUGAGCUGGAGGGUCACCAGGAUGCCUGGCCCUUUCUUAACCCUGUCAACCCCAAAUCUGUCCCUGGCUACAAGAAAGUCAUCAGGAAACCCAUGGAUCUCUACACAAUCCGAGAGAAGCUCGUCCACAGCCAGUACUUGAACCUCGAGACGUUUAUAAUCGACGUUAACUUGGUUUUUGAUAACUGUGAAAGGUUUAAUGAAGACAAUUCGGACAUUGGACGAGCCGGACACAACAUGAGGAGGUUUUUUGAGAAUAGAUGGAAUGAGCUGUUAAAACAAACCAACUAGGCUAGUUUGGACUACUUUAUCCUCACUAUACUGUAUGGGACCAGCAGUAACCACAAGCAGAGCAGCUGGAUUGGUCUAAAGUCUCUCCGUCAGCAACCAGGGAACCUAAAUGAAUUUACAAUUGUAAUUCUACACAUUCACUUCAGUGAUGUACAGUAGAAUGCAGUUUUUUUUUUAAGGAGCAGAGAAAUGCACCCAAAGGGAUACACACAAAAGGGGUGGGUGUUUUUAAAGUGCAAUACCAUUUCCUAACACAUCGGAGCUGUAACUGGGAACAACACGUUCCAACUAACUGUACUUGGUUUAUUUUUUAUCAUUAAUAUUAAAGUGAAUGUAUUUAAUUUAGUCAAUUAUUUAUGAGUGAAAAUGGCUCCGUUUUCUAAGACGAGGAAGAAAAAAAGCAAAACUGCUUGAACAAAAAUCUCACGGAAUGUUUUUAUUUUAUUUUUUGGGACAUUAACCUAAAGCCAAGAGGGAAGAAAUGAAUUGUUUACACUGCUCUGUGCCGCCGGGGUACCACAAGAUUGACGGUAUUACUGGAACACUGCAUUUCAAUGUAUCUUUACAUUGCUCGCUAACUUCACACGGACAGUGAGGCAGCAAUGACAUCUGUAUAUACUAUUCAUUCAUGUUAAUAUGAAGUAUUGUUUGUAAUAUGUGUACAUACAGUAUUGUUACAAGAAAUUCAAUAUUGUUUAUGCCUUUGAUUGUGGUGUUUAAUUUCAGUCUAAAGUGAUAAAUACAUGUAUAUUACCUGUGAUGUAUAUCCUCUGCAAACACUGUGGUCUCUUCAAUCUGGGUAAUGCCUGCCCUCUCAAAUGUGUGUGGAGGAUAUUAUUUCAAUCUUUUGGUUUAGCAUUCCUUCAAAAGGUGUGUGUGUGUGUGUGUGUGUGUGUGUGUGUGUGUGUGUGUGUGUGUGUGUGUGUGUGUGUGUGUGUGUGUGUGUGUGUGUGUGUGUGUGUACAAAAUGUCAACUCUGGUGGGCCUCGAAUUCUGACAUUAUCAUCCUAUCGUCAGUAUAGAAUCCAUUGUGAUGCACAGUACCUUUCAUAAGAUGUUCUCUCCAUUUGCUUUGCCACAGACCCAAGGACACAGGGCGUUUGUAAUAACCACUGUGUUUGAAUCUUGCUGUGUCAUGCAUGGUCUACUGGUGCCAUGUACAGCAUUUUCUUUGUACCUGAGUCAGAGUACUUGAAGUUAUUUUAUUUAUGAAUAUUGUGGGGAAAAGUCACUUUUUUUGUAGGAGCAUAAUUUUUCACUAGUGUGUGGGGCACGGAUCUAAUAUAAAGGAUCUUUUUCAACUCUG